GGGGAAUUGGGGAACACAUAUCCAAAGCUAUGAAUCUAAAGAUUAUUGCCUAAAUUUCACAGACUUGAAUCUCAAAUUUCUCCAGGACCUCUCUACCCACCCAGAAAGCUUUAUUGAAUGGAUCAGCUCAGUGGCUUCUACCAAAAAAACAGAUGUCUUUCUGCCUAGAUCUCCAGAAGGGCUGAAUAGCUGGCACUUCUACCCACUUUUGUAGAAAUGGACUUUACGUGGAGUGAUGGUACUAAUGACCUCGGCAAACUUACCCAUGAAGUGGGAGAUACAGGUUUAUUUUCCUUCUUUCCUCAGGUUUUCAUGGCACAAGAAAAAAACAUUGGCAACAGUUGCUUCACGAUGGCCACCAUUUCUAGAUCAAUUACUGAGUUUUGCCUUGAUCUCUACAACAAGCUCAACAAAAAUGAGGAAGACACAAACAUUGUCUUCUCUCCAAUGAGCAUCACUGUUGCCCUGGCCCUGGUCCAUCUGGGUGCAAGAAACAACACUGCUGCUCAGAUAGAAAAAGUGCUCCAUGCUGGGGAAUCUGAAGGAGGAAUAAGCCUUGGAUCUGACCUUGAGAGAGUAGCUCCAGAAAUGGAGCCAGAACAAAGCUGGGAAAGACAGUCAUCUCUAUCAAAGUGUAAUAAGGAUGGGGACCUUAACCAUAAAGCAUUCCAGGCACUGCUUUUACAACUACAAAACCUUGGCGAAAGCUAUGUUUUAACCCUGGCCAACAACCUCUUUAUACAACAAGGAUUUGAACUCCGGCAGCAAUUUCUAAUGUUCGCUAAGGAACUGUAUGGAGCAAUGCUGCAAACAGUGGACUUUCAACAUGCUACAGAAGAUGCCAGAAUAAGAAUUAACACUUGGGUUGAAAGUGAGACACAAGGUAAAAUCAAGGAACUCUUCCCUCCUGGUAUGAUCGAUGCAAAUGCAUUGCUGGUGCUGGUGAAUGUAAUCUACUUCAAAGCAUCCUGGGAAUACAAGUUUGAGGAACAGAAGACAGUGCAGAGAGAUUUUAAAUUGAAUCAGAAUGAGAAAAAACCUGUGCAGAUGAUGUAUCAGAAAGGCCUAUUUAAAUUAGGCUACAUUGAGGAGAUAAGUGCUCAAAUCCUUGAACUUCCUUAUGCUCAUCAGUCACUGAGCAUGGUCAUCCUGCUGCCUGGUGACAUGGCUGAUGGAUCUACUAGUGGGCUGGAGCAGAUUGAAAGCACAAUGACCUAUGAAAAUUUAAUCCUGUGGGCCUCUUCAGAACACAUGUUUGAGACAACAGUGGAAGUAUACCUCCCCCGAUUCAAACUUGAAGGCACCUUUAACCUCAAUGAUGUAUUACAAGAGAUGGGGAUGACUGACAUUUUCAUUGAAUCAAAAGCUGAUCUUUCUGCAAUGUCAUUUGCAAAAUAUCUGGUGCUGUCAAAUGUUGUCCAUAAGACGUAUGUGGAAGUCAAUGAGGAAGGCACCGUAGCAGCAGCUGGUACAGGAGCUGUCAUUGUGAGGAGGUCUCUUCCUCUUACAGAGGUGUUCAUGGCUAACCGCCCUUUCAUAUUCUUUAUUAGACACAAUCCUACCAAUACCAUUCUUUUCUUUGGCAAACUCUGCUCCCCUUAAAAUUGUGGCCAUUUCCUAACAUUGUGAGAAACACUUGGAUGAAAAUCAUAAACUGUAUUUUUUUUCCCAAUGCAUUCUUAAUCCUUUGACAGUUGGCUUGUAUUUCAAAUUAAUCACUGCAACCAGUUUAGCUCAGAACCCAUCAAUUGAAUGCUCUGUCUCUAGGCUCCUUGUCUUGCAAACAUUGAUCUGAAUCCAGAAUAGGAGUAAAUUUUGCCUUAACUUCACUGGAUAUGAGUAGCAAUUUGUUCCCUCUGUGCCUACAUAUGCUCCUGUAUUCCUUACAGUUCCCCAGCCCAGCCAUGUAGUGUGCAGUAGAGCACCUGCCUUGGCUUGCAAAGGUGGAUUUGCUGUGCUGCGGUAUAAAGUGAAUUAUCUGCAACAAUUUCCAGUAACUGCCAGUAAAAGCAGAGUAACCCUGCAUUGCAUUUUUUAUUCCUGGCCAGCUGGUUCCUAUUCAGCAGAGACAUGCUAUAGAGACACUCUUUCCUUAUGUGCAUUCUCUAGCUGUGGCAAAUCCUUCCCACAGUGGAGAUCUGACCUCGGUAAUUCUCUUUUCUGUAGCAACUGUUCACAGCUGGGUAGGAGAUACUUACAGCAAAUACACCUAUGUACUGAUAACUGUACCACCUUUUCCCCCAGUAAUGUGUACUGGAUCUGCAUUUUUGCUAUUCUGCAUUAUAUAAAAAGCUUAUACUAGAAGGAAUUUUGACUUCGGCUUCAUUUA